AUGGAUUUCUCCUGCAUCUCCUUCUGGCAGCCUUAUGCAGGCUUUGUCUUAAAUGCAGUCAAAACUCCAGGCUCAUUGGCAACCCUAGUGAGCAGCCAGAGGAACCAUACCAUCGCCAUCCAUAUUGCUCACAGGGACUGGGAAGACGCCCUCUGGUGGGAGCUGCUGCUGGAGAGGCUGGGGUGGAACCCCAGGCAGAUUCAGGCCCUGCUCUGGGAAGGGAGAAUGUUUCUCUCGUGGUGCAUGGGGCUCCUUGACAUUGUGGCAACUCCGCAGUGCCCAGAAAACAUGGCUCCUGAUGAGGUUGUGGAACUGAAAAAGCAGGCUGUACUGACCAACCUGAAGCAGAAGUACCAGACUGCACUUUCAAACCCCAGGUGGUUACUGGAGCGCAUACCCAGGAAAAGGGGAAAGGCUAUCUUCCAGGUAAGCAUCCCACAGCACCUGAUCCCCUAG